AUGGAAGUCACCCGGCUGAAUGAACAAUCCAUUGAUCGUUUUCAACAUCAAUGGAUAAUGGACGACGAUCAAACCUACUCCAGUAAUACAGGUGUGAACUGGUUGAUAUGCAAGGAGGGACAGGGAAUGUUUUGUUUGUUGUGCAGAAAACAUGACACAUCAAAUAACCAAAACAAGAGCAAGAAAUAUAACGUCGAGCCAGCAGUUAGAUUUAAACGGAAAGCGGUUGAAGAUCAUGCCAAUUCACAACAACACACAGCAGCCAUUACAGCAGAGCUUCUCAGCAGAGUGUCAACUUUUGAAGAAGAAGUGAGAAAAAUCGAAGAUGUUAAAGAUGAAGUUUACUACAAAACGUUACUUACUAUAUACUGGAUUGCAGAAGAGGAAAUCUCCAACAAGAAGUUCACGAGUGUUCUGGAACUUCUUCAGCAAGUAGGUCUUGAAGAUAUCAAGUAUUUCAAACACCGUUCAGCUGGUUCAGUCAGAGAGAUUUUUCUUCUCAUUGGUAGCGUUUUGAAAGCACAGUUGGUACAUGAUAUAUCAAAAGCCAAAUGCUUUGGACUUCUGGCAGAUGAAGUUUUUGAUUUGUCUAACAAAGAGCAGCUUGUCACAUUUGUUAAAUUCGUCCAUCCUGAAACUGGCAAUGCAAAUACUGCUUUCCUAGCAGCAAGCAAUCUGUUGGGGAAUUCAAGCUCAGCUGAUACUGAAGCAAUAACAAAUGCUAUUGUUGCACAACUAGAGGAUGCUGGGAUCGAUAAAAAGAAGCUUUCAAGUUUUUCCUUAGAUGGAGCUUCAGUUAUGACAGGGAAAAGAAAUGGUGUUGUAUACUUACUGCAAGAAGUGCUUCCAAUUCUUAGCCACUUGAGCAAAACUUUUCAAGAAGGAAAAAUUUGUCUGGCAUACAUUGCGCCAGCAAUUGAGUACACAGUUGAUCGUCUCGAUGAUGUUGGUCAUCAGCGUAAACACUUGGCAAGAUUGAAGGAAGUUUUGUCAGAGAAUGGUAGACUUCAAAGAUGUGACCUACCAAGCGUGACACCCCACAUGGAGGAGCAGCUUAACUGUUUAACAACAAAAUGUGUAGAUGCCUUAAAAGAGAACAUUCAGAAUCGAUUUGAUGGAAACCAUAAGGUCCUCACUGCCUUUAAGGUCUUUGACCCAACUGCUGUUCCCAAGAGAGGCAAAGCUGGCUUUAAGCAGUAUGGCAUGGCAGAUGUUUGA